CAGCGAGAAGGCGGCGAGUCGAGAGUCCGGACCGAUCCCGUAGGGACCUGCGCGUCCUCCGGUGCCGCGUCGCAGGAUGGGCUCCCUCGCGGGCUGAGCCCUCCGGGACGGGGGCACCACGCGUGUGGGAGCGCUUGUUUACAGCUCCCUCUCUUCGGGCUUUUGCGGCGUAGGAAGGGAUGAAAUAAGCAGCUGGUCGGGACCGUGCUGUGCUGAGCAGAGUGACUAGUGAUCAAGGAGAAAGAAUGUGAUGAAAGUGUUAAAUUUUUAUUGGACAGUUCUAUGAAGUCAGAAACUUCCUGAAAUAGAAGACCUCUCAGCCUUGUAAUGGUGAGCCUCCAGAUGACAUGUCUCAUCUAGAGAUCUGCUUUAAAGCUGGAACUGGCAUUUUUUUACUCCUCCCACUAAAAAUCAUCAGAUAGUAAAUGAUGAUAGCCCUACAGUUACAGUACUCUGUCUUGUAUUAAAGUUGUGCCUGUCCAGUGAGUCAGACAUUAAAAAUAAGAAAUCCUUGCACAACAGUCCUAAACAAUAGAAAUUGCUAAAAAUAUUUGGGCAGUUGGAGCAGCAAAACUGUUACACUUAAAUUUGUUCAGAGGACUAGAAACAAAGUUCAACCUCAGCUGUCUGGCAGCCAGCACUCCAAGGUGCAACUCUUCCAGCUUGCUUCUGGAAAAAGUAGUGUGCAGCUGAAAAUGGUGGUUCUGUAGGCGGCCUUUAUUAAUAAUUUCCUAACAACUGAGGUAUUAGGCCCGUAGUAAUCUCUGCAUGAUGUAUCACCUCCUCUUUGGAGGUUUGCACUGUGGUGCUGUGGAAUGUGCAAGCUGACUGCUCUCCAGCGAUGCCGUUCUCCUCAGCGCCUGCCCGUUACAAUGAGGGCUGCUUGAUUUCCUGUUACAGGGUGCUCCAGCUUCUCUUGUCGUUUAGGCAGACUGAAAUUGCUGUCUUCAGACACUUGAGGUUCACCUCUGCUGUUUUCUCCUCCACUGUUGCAAUAUAUUAGCACUGGCGAUGUACUAUAGCGCAGCAUUAAGGUCAAUCUUACCAAGUCCUUCUAUCCACUGUACAUCUGGAUAACUCCACUUCAGACCAUCUAUUCGUGUGGAAUGUUGCCAAGUCAGUUUGGUUAGGCUUGUCAAGGAUAGUAAUGCCAAGCAGAAAGGAAUUUGGGAUAAUGAAUCCAGCCUGCAUAACACCAGAUGCAAUGUAUGGCCUUUAUUGAAAAUUUAUUCUGUUUUCAUUUGCUUAACCUUUAUGCUUCUGUUUUUGCUCAUGCCAAAAAACCUGUCUCUGAACACGGAGAACCUCAAAAUUCAAUCACUUGGAAACUGCCACUCAAAUGAAUUGUGAUACAAUAAGCAUGUCAGGAAAAAGAAGCAAAACACUUGGAUAAUCAGUGCCUGUUGGGAAUAUCACGUCUUCAGAUGGCUGAAUCAUGAAAUGUCUGAAAACAUCAGCCAGAUUAUAAUAUGAUAUUAGUUACUUUGUUGGCACUUGGCCAAGCAAUCUCUUCAAACUAACUACCCAAAAAGUCCCAUAAGAAACUAUGUGCUAUGGCAGAUGUUGCUUUUAAUACUUCAGGUUUUUUUAUCCCUUGAUCAGCUUUUGUCUGCAUUAUAAAAAUGAGCUGGUCUUGCUGAAGAAAUGGCUUAAUCCUCAGUUAGAAAUUGGCUAGAAGUGCCAAGAAGCAGUAAUAAGGCUGUAGGAAACUGGACAAGGAGGAAGCAAUUGGACUGUGUAGGUAGUGGAUUUGCUGUACUAUUUGGUGUGCUCUUUCAAAAGGGCUGUGUUUUGAUCUUAAAUUUUACUCACUUAGCUCUUGGUCUGAGCCAUGGCUACAGAAUGGAUCAAAGAGAAUGUUUUACACAGACUUUACAUCGCUUAAAAUUUUGGGAAAUGUCCAAAUGGGAAGAAAAACAUUGGCUGUUCUUUCUCUAGUUAGUUCAGUUACUCUUCACCUAGUGUUAGAAGAUAUGUACGUGGUUAUAACAGUAUUUUUUAGUUGAUUCAUUGUUUCCGGACGUACUUAGUUUCAAGACCAUAGAAAAGAUUGGAAGUGAAAAUGGCUUUGAAAUUGCCCUGUUUCUUGCCGGGAUAGAUCUGCUUAAUUGGGAGGAGGAAGAGAAGUGCUUCUAGGGGAGAAUGCUGUCUUAUGGUCAGCUCUGGAAUACACUUGGAGUUCUAGAGGAGUGCAGAAACCUGAGCAAUAGCUACAAGAGGAAAUGCAUGCUGCUCUAGCAUCUUACUACAUUGACUUUAAAAUCUCUCUCUCUCUCUCUCCAAUAAUUAGGGCUCUGCUUUAGGGAAGCUUUUUUUCACUUAACUGAUUGUGUUUUGUUGAAUGCAGCUGAACUGAUACUUGUAUAAAGAAUCAGAUCAUGCAGGUACUUGAACAAAGGUCAAUAAUUUCACACACAUAUGGCUCACAUACAAGAAAAAUAUGUUUGGAUCCAGGAGAGGAGGAAGGAAUGUAUGUCUUCUGUAGCCCAUGAAGGCAAACACUAAUUUCCAUGUAAAAUGAUGUAAGGGAGAUAAAGGGAAAUAAGAGCUAUGCUUUUCUGCAACUUCAUCAUGGCUGUCUGGGCUGGGUUUGAAAUACAACUGAAAGUCUUGCAACUGUUUUUUUUAAUUGAUUUCUCUGUUGAAUACAGUUUAACUCUUCUCUCUUUCUGCUGUUACCAGAAAAAUGAGUGGUGGGUUGGCACCAAGCAAAAGCACAGUGUAUGUGUCCAAUUUACCCUUUGCUUUGACAAACAAUGAUCUGUACAGGAUAUUUUCAAAGUAUGGGAAAGUUGUCAAAGUUACUAUUAUGAAAGACAAAGACACCAGGAAGAGCAAAGGAGUUGCCUUUAUUUUGUUUUUGGAUAAAGAAUCUGCACAAAACUGUUCUCGGGCACUUAAUAACAAACAGUUGUUUGGAAGAGUAAUAAAAGCAAGUAUUGCCAUUGAUAAUGGAAGAGCAGCAGAAUUCAUUCGCAGGCGUAACUACUUUGAUAAGUCUAAGUGUUACGAAUGUGGGGAAGCAGGACACUUAAGUUAUGCUUGUCCUAAGAAUAUGCUAGGAGAGCGGGAGCCACCGAAGAAAAAAGAAAAGAAGAAGAAAAAGAAAAUAGUUGAACCAGAAGAAAUUCAGGAGGAAGGAGAAAGUGAAGAGGAAGGAGAAGACCCUGCUCUGGAUAGCCUCAGCCAAGCCAUAGCUUUUCAGCAAGCCAAAAUUGAGGAAGAACAACAGCGAUGGACGCAGACUGCAGGGGAAUCUUCGAUUUCAGAUGAUUCAAAACGUCCACGGAUUAAGAAAAGUGCUUAUUUCAGUGAUGAGGAAGAACUUAGCGAUUGAAAUAAUACUAUUCUAUAUGUAUAUAUAAUAUAUGUAGUGUACCUUUUGUAAAUUGCUACAAAGUGAUCUGUAAUAUAGGUUUGUUUUGGUGUUGGAGACACUGAAAAUCAUGUUGUAUUUUUAUUCUGUCCUCUCACCCUCCUGUCUUUUUAUACCUGUUCUCAAAACUUCACCUUUCAAGGCAGCUUCUUAAGGAAAUGGUGUGUUCCUACACUUAAAUCCAGAAGAGUAUCUAUGAGAAUACUACUUACAGUUAGUAUCUAGACCCAAACCCUGGGAAUGAAAUCUUUCCUAAGAGAAUUUCCCACAGCUUUUUUCCCAAGAGGAUUCCUCUUAGGACGACUGUUAGCACCACUGAUUCUUUAUGUAUUGGUCUGUUUAUUGCCUGCUUGGAAGCAGGAGGCUUUAGCAGUACUUUAGUGGAAUGUGAAUCUUACACUAGUUCCUCUUCAUAGGGUUGAAUUUCAACUUUAAGCAUUGUACUAGUCUUUUAACUUCUCAUACAGUAGAUGAGAAAUUACUGUCACAUCAGCACUGUUUUUCUUGACUGCAGUUUGAGUGCCUAACAUGGUAAUUAUGAUUAUCCAUGGCGUUUUGAAUAUACUUGUAUCUAACCUGGGUCACAGUUCUAUGUUCACAGCCAUCUGAACCUGUUGGCAAAAUCUAAAAGGCACAAAGUUUCCUACAUGCUUAAAAAUUAGCUUUCAUGUAUACUUGGAACCAUCAUGGUCUCUAAGCAAAGUGUGUCGGCACCUAUUUUGCAAAUAAAGCUGUCAAGACCUUUUAAAUAGGGUCUCCAUCCUUACAUCUCUAGGGUUCUAGUCAUGUUCUCCUGUAUCAGUGAUCAUUCCCAGAACCACAGACACUUGAUUUCUUACUGUUCUUACAGUUCUUACUGUUUAACCAUCAGGACUUAAUUUUCUUCCAAAUAUUCCAUUAUCUAUUUUUAAUACCAAUUUACAUUCAAAUACAUAAGAUGCAAAGCAAAGAAAUACACACACUCCCCCCAUCAAAGCUAGUGUAUAGUCUCGUUCCGAAGGUCAUUCUUGUGCUUGUGUUGCUCCAUAAACACAAGAAUUCAGAAACAAGAAUAAGGUAAUAAAAGUUUUUUCUCUGCAAGCUACUCAAGCCAUCGGAAUAAGGAGGAAUAUUGAGUUCUAAACAUAGGAAGGUCUUGGACUCAGUAAUCAAAGGAAUGUUUUUAAGACUGACUUUUUGCUGAAAGUACUAUAUAUUAAGUCUGAAGCUUCCUUUACUGAAUUUUGGGAAGAUCUCUUGAUACUGAAUAGCAGAGUGCUAAAGUGCCAGGCGUAACUUAGUGAUAGUAAAUGCAAAUCAGUGUACAUCGUGUAUGUAAUAAUAAAGCCUGAGGAGUUCUAAACUCUGCUAAGGAAGAAAGUCUUGCUACCAGCAUGCUUCUCUGCAAAUGCUAGGUUAGGAUGCAGUGACAGUCAAAAAAAAAAGAAAGCAAAACAAACAAAAAUAUUAGACCACUACUUAAAAUUGGGGUUUGUCUUCUUUUCAAGUACCAUAUUCAAUGCUGUUUUUUGAAGAAGAUAGAAAACUAAAAUGUGACAGAGGACCAGUUUGACAUUGUCCAUGACUUUGGUUUGGGAAUAUUUGAUAGCUUGUAAGAGUUAAGAUUUCAAUGAAGUGAUUAGGCAGCAAGUUUCAAACUUGUAUUUCAUUACACUAUGUAAUGUGGUAGUGGAACUCACUGCUAGGAGACUUCAGGGUCAUGCAGUCAAAAGGAUUUGGCUUAUAUGUGAAACAGAUUUUCAAAUGUUAGUUUAAUAAAGUCUCCACUCAGAAAUAUCCUCAGUUGCUGGCUUCCUCUAACAGUUAAAAUAUACAGAGAUAUCAACAGUCUUGGAAUGUAUUGUUCUUACACACUUUACUGUUUCAUAUUUGCUACUGGUGUCUUGUCAGAAAGCAUAAAACCCAAAACUGACCCUUGUUCUGACCUAAUAAAGUACUUUUUCAAGAGCUGCAGUAGCUGAAGCAUGUUGAUAUAUUUUUCUAGUCUGCUGCUUCUGCCUCACUGCUUUCCCAGUAGGAUUUGCUCUUGUCAGCAUGAAGCAGUAGCUCAGUCCAGACUUUUACAACUGACCCAGUGUUGUUCCUCCAUGCUCUUUUGUACCAAGUAUAAACAGUUGAGGUAGGUGACAUUGGAAGAGAAAAGUAAAAAUGAGCCUGCUUCUGUGCAUAAUUGGCAUCUGGAAUUCUUUCCCUUAAGUCAUCUUGCUGUAACAGUUUUCUUAACUCUGAACUUCUGUUGUUUAGCAGUGCUUAUAGUUUUUGCCUUAGAGUCAGGGUAAAGAGGAAUACACCUAAUGCCUAAAUCAUGAUCUAGAGGGGCUUGGGAGGAGUCAGAUUUUUGCACUUGAUCUUCUGAAUAAUUUUAAAUUUUUAUUCUUUGUUGGCAAGAUAACAAAGCAUUUCUCGGUGAGGAAUUCAGAGCACUAGCAUUAGUUAGUUAGACAGUUAGAGUAGUUAGAUACUGUGAGUACCUGUUCUGCUUACUUAAAUCCAAAAUUGUUUCUGGCAGCAGCCCCUAAUGCAGCUGCCUCAUCCUGAAAAAAAAGGCCAGAACUUGUCAAUGAAGUCUCUUUCUGAUCUUUGAACCUGGAGAGGUUUGCUCCUAUUCAUGUCCACCAUCACCUACUCUAAGCAGCACGGCUUCAGGUUGCCAUCAGAGUCCCAUCAGCGCUGAGGAGCAAGGGGGAGUGUUAACUAGGCUCCUGAUUUAGGUCAGGCCAAUAGGGUGCAAUUAUUUUGCAAAGCUUCAGCAACAGAGUGAUGCUUUUGUCAGUGUGGUAUCAUAAAGCACCAACUCCAGAAAGAGAAAACAGCUUUGGUGGUUGUAUGGCUCUGGGCCAGACAAGGUGAGACUCUAGUCUUGUUAUCAAAAGAGAGAAGAAUAAAAAUCACCUUGUAGAACCCUUUAUUGUUGCUGUUAGAAAAACCACAUGAUUGUCUUCUGAGGGGGCCGUGUGCAGGAGGUGUGUUUGUUUGGGGUUAUUUUUAGUACUUUGAGAACUUAGGUUAGCAAGCUGACUGCUAGUUUUAGAGUAUAGAUAAUAUGGCUCUGAUAAGUAGCAGAUUUUUUUUUUUAAUAAUGUCAAAAACUUGGAUCUUUCUGCAAACAUCCACUUAUUAGAUUUUAUCUUUCGUAGUUUCCAAACAGCUUGAAAAUUGUCAAAAUGUGUUAUGGGUCAUAGGACCUCUUGUCAGUUGAAAUGGCUAACAGAGUAGUGUCUCAAAAGCCACUAGGAGAUGCCUUUUGUCUGUCCUUGUGGAAGAAGGGGCUAUGGAAGUGAGAUAAGGACAAUUAGCUUAACUGAAUAUAAGUGGUAUUACACAGACUGUGCCUGUGCAGCACUUGUUAAAACCAUUGCAGCUAUGAGACACAGGAGUAAUUUUAGUCCAUGUUUAACAGGCUCCCACUAUGUUCUCGGCAUAUUCAGGUUACUACUCUCAACAGAGCAAUAGAAGGGACUGUAAAUACAAAGAACUGUGUGUAGCUAAAUAUAUGAUGUCUGGAACAAAUUGUAAACACUUUGGCUUCUGGGUCACUGUGUUCUCUGGGAUAGCCCUUUAAUCUGCAGAGAUGACUUACUGUAGCAUGGGAAGGUGAGCUGUGCAGGCUGUCUAGCUGUAGUCUUCUGAGGCAAGAAAUAUUAAAUUGCUUAGAAAAGCUAGAUGUAAAAUGUGAUAUUUUAAAAUGGCAUUUAUGAAGUGCUACUAUAAGCGUUUCUGUUCUAUUUUGCAUCUGCAGUGUCAAUACGAUUAUAUAUUCUGUCACUAUUCCAUCAUUGCUCUUCUAUAAAAAUAUUUCAAAUAAUAUUCUUCCAAAUGUGCUAUCUUAAAAUAGCAAUAUUGGAUAUUGCUUCUUUUUAGUAUAAAUUACAAACCCAUUUUUAGAUGUCCUUUACUCAGCAGCUUUGUUUAUCUUACGGGUCUUAAGAGGCUGAGGGGUUUUUUUCUGUAGCUGUUGAAGGUAACAUUAAAAAUUACUACACUGUUCCUUCUUUAGAGAAAAAGGUGUAAAAUGGAGGGUUUAGUCACUUUUAACAUACAUGACCUUGUUUUUCAUAUCUAUCCUGGUAUCUGUAAAACAUAUCCUAGAAGGAAUAAGUUGAGACUCUCCAUGUAAAAGAAAGCAAUAUUUUUUUCAAUCGAAGAACUGUACAGGUUUGAGAAGCAACCCUCCAUCACUGUCAGGCUAACCAUGACCCUGCUGUGCAUUCAGACAGACAAGUUGUGUGUUUAUGCAUGUAUUUAAUGGAUGUGAUAAGUAAUACAGCAAGCAGAGAGUUACAGAACUUGUGGCAGCAGAAUGUCAUAAAAGAGUGUGAAACAUUUAACCAACCCACUGAGGCAAUGUAGGUCACAGUGGCUUGAAGAAAUACCACAGUUACUAAUAUGAGAAUUUUUCUGUCUGAUGAACAGGAUGCUCCAGAGAAUCAAAAGCAACUCUGAGGUUUUAAGUUCAUCAAAUGCAACAGCCACAAGCCUACAUCAAGAUGAGCUAAUCCAUGAAAAUUCAGUUUUAUCAAUGUGCAGUCAAAGAGAAUUAGAAGGCAUCCAAAUUUAGAUGCUGCAGCAAGCUCAGUGCAGUACAGCAAAACAUGUCGCUUGGUUGCAAGAGUAAAGAUGCAUUAUUUUAACUGUGUAUAUGGAGGCAGAGCAUGUAGAUAUGCUCUGCUCAAAGAACAGAUGUGGCUAUGGAAGAAGGAGAGAUCUAAAAUAGAACCAAAAGGGAUAUUAAGGACUCUGUGGGUAUGCUGUGAAGUUCUAAGGCACUGAACUGUAUUUUUAGAGUGGGAUAGAACUGAUUGUACUAUGUUUGCUUAAUUGAAGAAUGAGUGUCUUAUAUCAGAAAAUUAUGAACCUUUUGAUAGUACAAAUUUGUACUGAUGUUCAAAUGCUCAAGAAAAUGAGACAAAUUAAAGGAGGAUACAGUUCUACAAAGAACCUUACUUGGGAUGUCUUUGAUGUAUGAAUUUGAUUAGGUGGCAAACAGCCAUCUGCCCAUGAAGCCUGGAGCCAUGAGAGUGCAUAUAAAAUUAAAUGGCUGAACAGCAUAUGGCAGUUAGGAAAGAUGAGAACAUGCAGUACUUGGAUGUGAUGGUUUUGAGUUCAUGAACCAUGUAUCUGGAAUGAGUGAUUGUAGUUUUUGAUAUUAUGUUCUUUCAAAGAAAGUUUUUGAAAAUUCAUCAGCUAGAUUUAUUUUCAUUACUGCAGCAUAACAUUUUUAAGGAGUGUUUUUACUGUGAGAGGCUUUCAUAGGAAAAGCUUAACAGAGGAAACUCAAUUAAUUAAAAUCUGUAACACAGUUCUGCAGCAAGGGUGGAUUCUCUGUGAGUCCCAUGCUUGUGGCAUCCUAGAGAAUGCAGGGCCCCUGGGCCUUAUUCAUGUUCAUAUUUAAUUUAGCUGAAGCUGCUGGAGAAUGUCCAGAAUCCUCUCUUCAUUUGCUGCACAAUUUAGGUCAAGCCCAUAACAAAGUACUUGAGUUCAGGACAGAGUAGCCCUUGCAAAAGUUUCACCUUUUUUUCACUCUUAUAUUAUUUGUUCUAGGAUGGUGGAUUUUUUGCUGUAUUGCACACCUUUGAAAUGGCAAACUGGUUGACAGGAAGUUACUUAACUCCCUUGAUUUGAAUGUGGUAGGAGCAGCAUACACACAUUACUCUGCUGCUUUAAAGAAGGGGCAAGGAGUAAUUAUUGUAACAGCAUUCUCUGGAUGCAAUUUCACUGCUUCCAGUGGCUGGGAUCCAGAGAAGGAGGGAAGGAGGCAGGCAGGGCAAAGAAUGAAUAAGCCAAAUGUGCAUCCAGAAUAAGUGUACAUGACUUACACUAAACAUUUUCAGGUUUCUUUCUACAGAUUCUCCUUUUAACUGUACUUUAGAUCAGAGUUUAUGUAGAUAAAAUUCAUGGGGCUGUCUGGAUUACAUAGGUAUAAUAGGUCUAACUGCAAAGACUUUAUUUCAGUCGCAUAGAAGUAUAACUUGGAUUAUAUUAAUUCAAAUGAGAAUUGCUACAAAGACUUUAUUUCAGUCGCAUAGAAAUAUAACUUGGAUUAUAUUAAUUCAAAUGAGAAUUGCUACAUUUUCAUGUUAAGUUAUCUUCAUGCUUUAACUGGCUUCUCCUGGGGCACAAUGACACCUGUCUGAUAGAAGAACUAUUUAUUGUAAACUAUUUUUAUGUAGGUGUAAUAUUGAAAUAGAUUCUGAUAUGAGAGGCUUGAAUGCAGACAGCACAGUAGCUUUGUGGAAAUUAACAGGAUGUAUUCUUGGUAGGAGAGGAAGAAGAGUUUCAGAAGUGAGAAAAAAACAAAUAAGGCAAAUAGCAGGUGAGACUGAGAAUAUUGGUAAUGCACAGUUCAGCAUCAGAAUAAGGGACAAAAGGGAGCAAAAUAGGUUGACUAAAAAUCAACACACACUAUUACCUGUAGCAUUAAUUCCCUUCUAUUUAAAGAAGGCUCUUUUAGGAAAUGAGUGAUAUUGCAUGUUGCAGUGAAGGCUUGUUUUUCACAUUGAACUCAGUUAUCUGAUUUUCUCAGGUGCUAGACUUCACAGCAAUAUGGCAAAGGUGGAUGCGGCUCAGCUUUUUUGAAAACUAAAGCCACAAAUUACUUCCCUGUCCACUUUUUGCAUCAGCAGUUAUUGUUCAAGAGCCAAUAACUAACUUGUAAGAGCUAAUGAUGCUUCUGAAAGCUAGUGUCUCUUAAACUCACUUCCCUUCUCCCCUGUCCCUCCUUCCCCCAUGAGAUUGUCAUUGUUCAGAACUUUCCCCAAUUUUUCCGACUGUCUGGAUGACAAAGUUUUCUUGUCUCUAUUCAUUUCUUCUUUGAUACAAUUUAUGCUGAGGGUUUUUUCCUUAUUCAUAACAUGUUGUUUGUUCUUCUGCUUAUGAUGAUUUCCUCCCUAGAUUCUUGACUCUCAGAUGGAGAGAUUUCUGUUCUGGGUUUCUUACAUGUUGAUAUCCAAUCUACAGACCAGCUUCAGGGUGUCUCAUUGUAACUGUACUUUACCUGCAAGAUGUUUUUUAAAAAAACAACAUUGCUUUCCAGCUAUGCCAUUCAUUGAGUUAUUUUGUCCAAUUACUUUUCCACUUUUAUUAUCAUUGACUAAAUGUAAUAUUUAAAUAAAGGCCUAGGUUUCCA